AUGGAGGCAUUAACAUUUACAUCCACGAUCCUACCACGGACCAAAAUCGACACCCGUCUGGCCCUUGCAUCUGCGAAGACCCGGACUUCUGCCACCAGAGUACAGGCUGAGAAACAUCGCACAUUGCUUAAAGGUCCACAGUCGCUUAAGGAAACAAUCGGGAAAGAGGAGUGUCUCAACCUCGAAGGGAAUCACGACGCAAUAUUGAAGGCAGGUCUCUUUGAUCAGUGGAGACAGAGAGCUCUAGGGUAUGAGUACGACGCCAAUCGCAGGACCCAAUCCAAUCAAGGAAUCAUCAAUUCCAACGUAUUGCAAGAGGCGAAACGGUCGCAAAAAGUCAAGUCAAGAGCGAAAGCACCCCUCAGUCCGUCAAGUACAUCCCAACCGCCAGGCCCGACAGACGAGCUCGAACGCCUUCUUGCUCUCAAACCACGACCGCAGCUCACAUAUGACAGCUUCAUGUUCAACAUGAACCAGGCGAGCGCGUACGAGGCCCUCUCGAGGCGUACGAAGACCGAACCAAGCUCAGUCGAGCUGGCAUGGUUUGAGAGCUUCAUCCGCCGGCUGGAGAAAUACGUCGAGGCCUGCACCAUCCACCGCAACCUGUACCUGCGUGCGCUCAGGGAGAUGCCUUCCGCCCUUCUCAUGGGGUGCCUGCGAUUCCAAGAGGCAGACCUUGAGGUUCUCGUCGCUGACGCCGAAUCCGUCGUCUGCCAGCAGCCCACUAGACGACGAGGAGAAACAACCCCAAGCUCCGAGACAGACCAAGAGCGAGCAUGGCGGAAACAGUUCGAGCAGGACUUUCCCUACGGGCCCAAGGCACUUCAGACGCGAGGGACAGGGCUGCGCUGUGCAUGGUAUGCCCUCCAGCUCAGCAUAAAACACCAGUUCCCCGACGUGCCCGUGCCGACGCUGCACGAGCUGCAGUCCAUCUUCAACCACCUGGCCGACAGUGUGCACCCCGACCUGCAGAUGAGCAACAGCAACAUGUUCAGGAUCGACCAGGCCAUCAGGGUCGGGGUGGCCUGGCUCAACCGGUGGAACGUCGAGGCGUGCGUCGGUGUGGCGUACAAGAACGACGACCAGCUGUUUUACGCGCAGAUCCCUGUCCAAAAUUUCGACCGCCGCCUCCACAGGGUGCUCUGGAUCCACAACGAUAACCUCUCCGUGGGUGACUGGAGCGGCGCACACUUCUCUGGACUGCGGGGUGUGACCAUGCAAGAGUCGGAAGAGCGCCUCGCGCCGUUGACGUGGAGUCUUACGCGGGCGGACGAGCCCUCGACGGUGAGAGGGUGGCGGAGGCUGACUCGCAACCUGGCAGCGCUCGACAGACACAAGGGCAGUUACGGAGACGAGGACGAGUCUGCUAAGUGGACCUAG